AUGGGGGGCCAACCGGAGGGAUGGGCCGACGUCUUUGUCACCUACCGCCACUCAUUGGCCCACAAAUUAAGUGAGCCGAACAUCAAAGGGGCAAUAUCCGCAGUUGUUAUGGCCGCGCAACAUACUAAAGUGGUGCACUACUCGGCGGGCAGUAGACAACUGACAAAAAACCCUAGUGUCGUAGGUUCCCCUCUCAGCGCAUUGACUCAAAUCAGCACCGAUGUCACCGCGACGGCGUGUAACGUUGUUUUCCUCGCCUACCUCUCGCUCCCGCCUCCUUCGUCUUACCCUGCCCACCCCAGACCGAACCGCACACAAACUAACAGGAAUGCCCGCUUGUUUCUGCGUUUAUGCAAGGGCCUAGACAAGAGAGCGCUGUGCCUUCGUCUUGCCGCAUGUGUAAAAUCCGACUUUGGCCGAUGCCAGGCUCGUCACAGCCUGGCUCCACACGCCUCACCUAGUGGCACGCACGCAGGCAGGCACGAGGAGGCAGCGGCGGCGCUGCAGCGAUGCUCACGUGAGCUUGCGGGAGAGCAGCCCACAUGGACGCUCGCGCUGCCUCGUGAGCCGCCCGCUGCUGCCGCCGCAGCCCCCACCGCCGAUCGACUUAUCAACAUGCGCGCAUUUCUCGGUCUCUGUGCUCGCGCACGUUGUCGUUGUAUUGUGCAACUGAGGAAGAUAUAUGGCUCUAAACACUGCACACUACCUGGAAACGCUGUCAAUCGCACGUUGUGA